AGCGGGUCGCCCUCCCCACCAUGAAGAAGACCCGGAGCACAACCUUGCGGCGAGCCUGGCCUAGCUCGGAUUUCUCGGACCGGGCCUCGGACCGCAUGAGGUCCCGCAGCGAGAAGGACUACCGCCUGCACAAGCGCUUCCCCGCGGCCUUCGCGCCCCAGGCUUCGCGGGGCUACAUGACAUCAGGUGAUGUGUCACCAAUCAGUAUGUCUCCCAUCAGUCAAUCUCAGUUUAUCCCACUCGGGGAAAUCCUUUGCUUGGCCAUCUCCGCAAUGAACUCGGCAAGAAAACCUGUCACCCAAGAAGCACUGAUGGAGCACCUGACCACCUGUUUCCCAGGUGUUCCCACCCCAAGCCAAGAAAUUCUCCGGCACACGCUGAACACGCUGGUCCGGGAGCGGAAGAUCUACCCAACUCCAGAUGGAUACUUCAUCGUAACCCCACAGACUUAUUUCAUAACUCCUUCCCUCAUAAGAACUAACAGUAAAUGGUACCAUUUGGAUGAGAGGAUACCUGACAGGUCUCAGUGUACCUCUCCCCAGCCCGGGACCAUCACGCCCUCUGCCUCAGGCUGCGUCAGGGAAAGAACGUUGCCCAGGAACCACUGCGACUCUUGCCACUGCUGCAGGGAAGAUGUGCACGGCGUGCACGCGGCCACCCUGCAGAGGAAGCCCGUCAAGGACUGCAAAGACCCGUACUGCCCUCCUUCCCUCUGCCAGGUGCCACCCACUGAAAAGAGCAAAAGUACUGUCAACUUUUCGUAUAAGACGGAAACUCUCUCCAAACCUAAAGAUGGUGAAAAGCAGUCCAAAAAAUUCGGGCUCAAGUUAUUCCGGCUCAGUUUUAAAAAAGACAAGACCAAACAGCUAGCCAAUUUUUCCGCCCAGUUUCCUCCCGAAGAGUGGCCCCUGCGAGAUGAGGACACGCCGACUACUAUCCCUCGGGAGGUGGAGAUGGAGAUCAUUAGGCGUAUUAACCCGGACUUGACCGUGGAAAAUGUCAUGAGGCACACUGCACUAAUGAAGAAACUUGAAGAAGAGAAAGCACAUAGGAGUAAAGCCGGGUCCUCCGCCCAUCACAGCGGAAGAAGUAAAAAGAGUCGGACUCAUCGCAAGUCCCACGGAAAGUCUCGGUCGCACAGCAAGACACGAGUGUCCAAAGGAGACCCGUCAGAUGGUUCCCAUCUGGACAUCCCGGCUGAAAGAGAGUAUGACUUUUGCGAUCCUCUUACCAGGGCUCCCCGGGAAGGCUGCUUCAUCAUCGAACACAAAGGUGAUAACUUCAUCAUGCAUAGCAAUGCGAACGUGAUUGAGUCUCAUUUCCCCAUGACUCCAGAAUGGGACGUGUCUGGGGAACUGGCCAAAAGGAGAACUGAGAUGCCUUUUCCUGAGCCUUCCAGGGGAAGCUCCCACUCAAAAGUGCACCGAAGCCACAGCCAUACCCAGGACCGAAGGUCCAGGAAUGAGAGAUCCAACAAGGCCAAGGAGAGGUCCAGAUCCAUGGAUAACUCCAAAGGUCCUCUGGGUGCUUCUUCUCUGGGGAUGCCUGAAGACCUGGCUGAAGGCUGUAGCCAAGAUGACCAGACCCCCAGCCAAUCCUACAUUGACGACAGUACUUUAAGGCCUGCACAGACUGUCAGUCAUCAAAGGGCUCACAUUUCGUCCACAAGCUACAAAGAGGUGUGUAUUCCAGAAAUAGUCAGUGGCAGCAAGGAACCUCCCAGUGCUUGCAGCCUCUUGGAGCCAGGCAAACCGCCUGAGGGUUUGCCAUCCUUUGGUGAACUCAACUCUUGUCCAACAAAAACAGCUGCAGAUGACUAUUUCCAGUGUAACACCUCCAGCGAGACGGUGCUCACGGCACCGUCACCUCUGGGAAAGAACAAAGAGGACCAUGACACUCUGACCGUGGCGGAAGGGGUGAAAAAGCUGCCUCUGUCGGACAGGCAGGCCCCACAUCCCUCCAGGGAGCCUGUAGGACACAAGGAGGAGUCGCCAAAGGGGCCGGGCGGGGUCCCAGCGGCUUCGGGCGCUGUGGCCGAAGGGAUUGCCAAUGGACGCCUCAUCCAGCAUCACAGUGCCGAGCCCAGCAGCCUGGACAAGAGGAAAGAGAUAUUCAGCAAAGACACACUGUUCAAACCUCUUCACAGCACCUUGUCUGUAAACAGCUAUCACAAAUCAAGCCUGUCCAUCCUCAAAUCUCACCCGAAGACACCUGCGGACACACUGCCAGGCCGAUGUGAGAAACUGGAGCCGUCCCUAGGGACCUCGGCUGCACAAGCCAUGCCAGCUUCCCAGCGUCAGCAGGAGUCAGUGGGGAACCAGGAGGCCUCUUUCGACUAUUACAAUGUCUCUGAUGACGAUGAGUCUGAGGAAGGGGCAAACAAGAACACAGAGGAGGAGAAAAACAGAGACGACGUGGGCACCAUGCAGUGGCUCCUGGAAAGGGAGAAGGAAAGAGACUUGCAGAGGAAAUUUGAGAAGAACCUCACCCUGCUUGCCCCAAAGGAAACCGACAGCAGCAGCAGCCAGAGGGCCACCCAUUCAGCGCGCCUGGACAGCAUGGACAGCAGCAGUAUCACGGUGGACAGUGGAUUCAACUCCCCACGCACUCGGGAGAGCCUGGCUUCCAACACAUCAAGCAUUGUUGAAAGUAACCGUCGUCAGAACCCUACCUGGAGCCCGGCCCAUGGUGGAGCUGGCGCAGCCUUCAAUUUCCGAGCAAGUACGGACAGCCCCACAAAUGAAGCUGAGAAAUUACAGAAACCUUCCAGCUGCUUGCAAGCUUCUGUUACUAGUGUGUGAUAGUCAUUCUGCCUCAGAUCUCCUGUCUCAUUCGAUACAGCCAAGUUUACGACACUGGGACUGAUGUUUACAUCUUUGGAAAGACAAGCAUCUCAACGGCAGUUUUUGUGUUGACUUAAACUGUGCUGCUAAGUAGGCUAGGGCAAACAACAACAACAACAAAAUCUUUAUUUCAGAGUAUUGCUUUUCACAUUUAUGGCUCUGUAGCAACAAGAAUAGCAUAGGGGUGAUAUGUAUACUUUUGCUUCACUAAUUGUAACUGAGCACACAUAGGAAAGUCUAGACACUGUCAGUGUAAUAUGCAUUUUCGAUGUCAUGCAGUUGCCAAGUCCAUUCUAAAAUGCCACAGAUGCGUGUUGCUCCCAGUCUGUGACCAAAUGGUGCCACAGAACUGAUCCUUGACACUUCCAAAAACAAAAAACAAAACAAAAAAAACUAAGCCUCCACAAAAUGUCAAAUGCAAGGGUCUACCUUGAGGGAAAUCAAUGCCAAACUGACUAAAAGGGACCCCAGCCCUUUGUGUGUGAAUUGUUUAGGCCCCAGUCAUUUUGCACUGUGAGUUUUCGUGACAAGAUUUUGCAGGAGCCCAUGGAAGUGUGUCAGAAGGGGUCGUGAUCUAAAUACUGGGAGUAUUUGUUUUCAGGAUUUUGUUUUUAAGUGUCACGGAUGCUUGUCUGAUUUUUUUAACCUUCCAUAAUCACAAACAGGAAUAUAGGCCUUUGAAUCUGAAAUGGACAAAGGAAGGGUCUCCCAGCCUGGCUGGGGCACAACACUAAGUGAUGGGAGAGGUAAUGGGGACUUGUAAAGGUGUUCAUCAGAUACUGAAGGAAGAUCAUUUCCUCCUUGUGAUACUUAACGGUGAUGCUAUCUUACUAUAAUAGAUAUGAUAAUUUGUUUAAAAUCAAAAUGUUCUUUGUGAUACAAAUGAAGACUACGGCCUGGGGACGUUAUUCUUUCUAAUGGAAGGACAUAAAUCUAUUUUAUGUAGUUUUAAAUAGAAUGCCUAAAUUAGGCUGUGGGAGAUAAUUUUUAGUGGUUAUAGGAGAGAGCAAAUUUAGGGGGAGUUGAACUUCAGGCCUUUUAUUCCUGGGAAGAUAUCUAUAGAGAAAACUUUAAAAUACUUUUUGAUUAGAAAUAUACAUGUGCCCAUGUAAUUAACAACAGAAUGUGAUCAUUCUGCAAGUGUGGUGUAAUCCUAACUUGCAUGCCCCUAAAAUUUAUUAGAAUAACAAUUAUGCAUACAUGAACUAUGCCAGAGUAAUGUUUACAGAUACUUCGUAACCAAUUUCAGGAGGCAUUUUUAGGUAGAUGUAUAGUUUUUAGCCCAACUUAUUUCAGAAUGGUUUGUUAAUAUUUUGCUUUGGUUUACAAUAUGUCAUGUUGAAUACAAAGAAGGUUCUCAGCAGCAAAGGGAUUACAAAUAAUCAAGAUUCAGCCUUCUAGGAAAGAGGCACCUCAAAGUUCCCAUGUCUUAUUUUAUGAGAACCAUGGAAUAAAUCUAUAGAUAAUGGAAAAUUAUUCACAAAAGGGUUACAUGUGACACAAGUAAAUGGUCUGACAAAAAGUUUUAUUUAGUUAAGUGGCAUGUGAUGUUUGGAGCCAUAUACCGUAAAAUAUAUAUCCAAAUAUUUUCACCUCAGAUUUCAAGAAUUGGCAUAGAAUCUGUGAAACACUUCUGCUUCGGUAUUAGGUUGAAUCACUAGCCAUCUGUUUGAAGAGUGGAGUCAUAUACACAGUUGAACUGUUUCUUGAAACAUUUGGAUCCUUCCUCAUGCUUUUUCAGAUAUCUGGAAGUUGCAUUGGGUCAAACUGGACUCAUCAAGUUUAGUAUAGAUCCCUUUUUUUGUGCUUAUAGUGAAACGUGAGCACGUUUCUUGGCAAACUCCCACACCUUUAAGAUGCUUAAGUCAAUUGGCUUUCAGUCUCAUGCCUUAUUUCCUCCAAGGCAUGCCUUGAUUGCUCAGAAAUGCACUCUUCUCUCACUGCUUAAAUUUGUCUGUGAGGAAUGAUAACUUAUCAAAUAGACUAUAUACAGAGUCUGUUUCCUUGGGGAGUUGUAUGCCACACAAUUACCAAAUUCGUCUAAAUUCUUUUUUUUCCGCAAAACCCUGCCCUCCAGCAUCUGUCAUAUUAUCAGUUCAUAAAUAAUAGAACCAUUGAAACAAUACAUCAGCCUCUAGCUGAUCCUCCUAAAGUAGCCAUUAUAAUAAUCAAAUACUGUGUGAACAGGAAAGGAAAGCAUUACCUUUAAGAGAAGCUUUAAAAUAUGAAUUUAUCAAUAUUUCACAAGAAAUAGGUUUACAGAAGACAUUGGAAUAAAAUGUGUACCACUCUUUGCCUGAUGCUAUGAGGUACAUGAUUAAAAAAAAAAUAUCCCUUAGACCAGCAGCCAUUAGCAUAGAAAUGAUGGAUUUCAAAGAGGAUAUGAUGUGAGCAGACGUUCCAUGUAGAAAUAUGCCCGUCUGAAUUGAAUGGGGAUUCUCGAACGGGGGAGAAGUGGUGGCGGGAAGCACAUUACAAAUAUGACCCUAGAUGGUCUGCAGUGAUGUUCUCAGUGACCCACUCCAAGCUUUGCCAGCAUCCUUUUCCUCCAGGAAACGAUAGCUUUGUGGCCCAUGGCUGCUUAUCUAGACUUCACUUAGAGUUUAUCAACUGAAAGGUUUACAAAACUGAAUCUGGUUGAAUCUCUGUGUAGUGUUCAACUUUAAAGGGUCAACCCAUCUGUCGGCAUUUUGCACACGUAUGUAUUAUUAUGAUACAGCAUAUUACUUUAUGGUAAUUUUUAUUUUUACAUAUAACUACCUCCAUAAAUUUGAUGAAGCGGCAGCAGUGCGUUCAAGUGUAUUGUUCGGAAAAGCAAAGUUGAAAACUUUCUUAACCAUUAGGCCAUGGCGUUCUGUGUGUGUGUCAGUGAUUGCCUAUGUGGACUUGUGACUGUUUCAUUGCCAUGGUUUUUCUCUGACGGCAUUAUUUCACUCUCAGCUGUAAACCUGUCUCUCUUCUUCCCCACAAAAGCACACUUGAAUUUGUUAUGAAUGAAAAGGAAGUUUAAAUUUCUUGUCUCCCCUGCCCCGGCUCCUGCCCCCAGCCCCGGACCUCAUUCCUGCUACGAGUUCUCUCCGGCGAAGAGCCAAUUGAUAAACAUAAUUUAGCAAGCUAUUUACUCCUAUAAAAUCUGAUUUGAAUUCUAGGUUUUCGGUCACAAGACACACCAGAAAUUUGGACUGCCAACUUUGAAGCACUUUGGGCCUCUCUGCCUUCACUACUUGCAUGCUACCAUAUCGAGCUCAGAUUUCAUUUGAAUUAAAAGAGCUGUGCUUUGUAUCCACAACUUCUGUUCCAUAAUUCGUAUUUCAUUUUAUAUAUUUUGCACAUCUCAGGGGACCUUCGUAAGCAUGUGAAAAGGGGGAGGGGUCCAUCAAAAAAAGGAAACAAAUAAGAAGAGCAGAAAGAGGGCUAGCUGGAUAAAAGUAACAAAUGACUGCUUCUCCAAUGUUGUGAAGUUCAAGUUCAGGAAGCAUCCAUUGAAAGUUAAUCUGGAGUCACAACAAUCUGAACACCAGCUGUUCCCCAGUCUCCCUUUUUCAUAACCCAACCAGCAUUUCUAAAAUAUAAAUUUAAAUUAUAUUGCAGUCACCAUGGGGAGAAAAAAAAAAAAAAAACCUGUUCAGCGGUAACAAAAGCAUUGUUUGUUUUUUAGGUUGGCACAGCUUUGUAAAAUUCUACCCAGGAUAAACCACUUAUCACCACAAAGUGUACUUGAAAAUAAAGUUUUCAACUCAAAUGAAAGGCAUAUUGCUCACAGUACAAUAGUGAUCUUGCUUUGAAAAGUCUUACAAUUUAUAACAUGGGCAGUAUUUGGAGCUUGAUUAAAAACCAACAACAACCUAUGAGGACUUCACAAACUCAUUCUGGGAUCUCAAAGUGCUUCCAAAGCAUUCGGAUUCACAAUUAACAAAGCAGGCCAUAUUUGUCAUACCCAUACUUGAAAUGAAUAAACAGAAGGAGUGACAUAAGAUUACCCAGAAACACAGUGGCAGCUAUCAGUGAUCUAUUUUCUAUCUGUUUGAUAGACCAUCAUGAGAAAUCACGAAAUACAAUGCUAUUUUUCUGAUGUGUGCUAAUAAAGUCAAAGAAAACGAAUACAACUUGAUACUUUUGUCCAUUUUCAUUUAAAAAGUUCAGGGUGUUGGGAAUUUUACAGAAAUCCACCCAAAUGCUAUUGUGGUCCAAGGUAGAUCUGGACAUACACCCUUGUUUACAGUUUCAUAUUGGGCUUCUCUAAAUCCUGUGCUAAAAUACUGUCUUUCAGGAACACGACUGCUCCUGGCAGUGGAAGGUGCUGAAACAGAAAUUUUCAUUAAAAACGUUAUCAAGCACUCUCCACAGUGCUUCUUAGCACAACUAAAAUUCAGUACACUAUAUUGAGCCCUACUUUGAAGAAUCUGGAUCUCCCAGGGCAGCUGAUCUAGUUCUAAGCGUUUUUUCUCAAAUUAUGAGAUAAAAGAUCCUGGUCGGGGACCUUCUCCGUUUAUCACAGGCCAGUCACAGAACCAUCUAUCAGCGCGCUGUCAGGUGACAGUGGACCCCCGCAGAAGUGAUCCCUUCCUUCCCCCUCCUCCCCAGCCCCCCCGGCCCCUCCCACAUAUACUCUUCUGUUGAGCAAAUUUCUGCACACGUUGAGGGUUUGAGGAAGCUAGAACACAGGAAAAAUGAACGCAAAAGCCACGGAAGACAUUGCUUUGCUCUGGGUUAGUAAAAUAUGGGCAGGAAAGAGAUUACUAUCAGUCUGAUCUUUGCCAAAUAAGAUAGAAGAAUCAGCCAUCGCUCUGUCAACUCUCUCGGAAGGUUUUACAGUAUUAAGGACAUCCAAUAUUUUGCCAUAGAUUUUUAUUUGGGAGACAUUUCAUAAGUUACAUCUAUGAGAAAGUUCGUUAUUAAAUUGCCCGGUGUGUUGGAAAUAGACAUUAGCGUCUCCCUGAUGGAGUUAAUCUCUGCGUCUUUUACAGCAGCACCCCAGGGAGGGAUUCCCCAGCCAAUGCUCCUCUCACACAGAAUCCUGUGUUCUUACACUUGUUCUAGGACUUACAGUUGCUGAUUUGCAAGGUUCAGAAUUCUACAAGGCACAAGGGGAACUAAACCUUCUUCUGAUGAUUGUAUAUUUAUGAUCAGUUACAGGGCCUUGUCUGCUCGUUGCUGGCUUCAAAUGUGAACACACACACACACACACACGCCCUGCCAGCCAGGGAAAGGGGCUUUCCCAGGUGAGGCAGCAAUGACUCUGGAAGCCAGGGUAAGGCUAAGAGCUUGGUUGGUCCACGUCCGGCUGCCUCCCUCCCUAUCCAGAGGCUGGUUUUGGCAUGCCUAUUCCCUUGCGCCCACCAAAAAGAGCUACCAAAUCUGAGAUCUGAGGUCUCCUCCAACACGAAUCCUUUGCAGUUACAGGAAAUUCAUCUUGAUGUACACACUCACAGCUCCUUGCUUCCGAGGUCCACCCUCCCUGCCUCCUUCCCAUCCCCCCACUUACAUACCGAUACACCGCCAUUGUUUCCACAUUGGAAGGGCAAAGCAGUGUGUGGUAUUGUGCACACAAGGAUGGGUUAGGACUAAAGCUGCCCUAGGGUCACCUUCAUGUAAGUAUUGACAGCUACAAAUUAAGGUCCUUAGCGUAGUUGACAUAGAUACAACUUUCUAGAAGAGAAUUAAAUUUCAACGUUAAGAUUAAAGGGAUCAUAAUUCUGCAGGUAUCUUUCUCUGAGUGACUGAAUGUGACUAUUGCAUUAGGGUAAAUGAAUUAAGAAGUGCAAGUGGGAUUUACUGUAUGUUAGAAAGGAGUUUUGCAGCCAAGACUGCCUUGAAUAAAAUGUGUUUGCACUGAAAAAAAAAUUUUUAAAUUACUUGGUCUCUGGUUGCUGUAAAGGUCAUCCAAGAUGGAUGUUCUGUUUAUAUUGUAUAGUAUUUCAUAUGAAAUAAUUACAGUUCAUGAAAUGUCUUCCCUAAUGUUACUGAUUUAUAACAGCACAUUUGUAACAUGGUUUUUAUCGUGUCAGUGUACCAUAUUGUAAAUGAUGAUUACUUGUCAUGCUUAGUAUAAUAACUUAAAAGAAAAAAAAGCACAGGGAUUUUUGUAAGUCUAUAUUUGAAAGUCCCUCCAUAUGGUAAUAUUGUGUUCAUGUUUAUGUAGUGUUGUGUGAAAUAUCCAUUUUGGAUUGUGUUACUUUUUAAGAUAUUAAAUAACAUUUGGUUAUA